CAAAACCAACACCACCAAACAGUCCCAACACAGCCAACAAAUAACGGGCGAUGGAGCCGUCUACGGUCUUCUGCCUGUAAUUCUAUACUCUCUCAUCUCUGAGAUUGUGUUUGGGAGGCCUCUUGCAGGCCUCUUUACUCGUCUCUAAUUGCUCCUUCGAACCGCGUCCGCCCACCCCUCUUGUGUGCCCUCCCUCUCUACAUACAUACCCACAUACAUACAAGAGAUAAUAUACAUACAAAACACCUAAUCAACAAUGUAUCUCCCGCGCCAACUCAUCUCGCACCUCUACCUGCAACUCCUCCGCUCGCACCAUCCGCUCUCCCCGCCCGUCCUGAUCCUCGUGGCCCUCGAGCCCGACGCGCUCUGUGCCUGCCGCAUCCUGACAGCACUCCUCAAACGCGACUACAUCCCGCACAAGAUCCAGCCGGUAGCCGGGUAUGGCGAUCUCGCGCGCGCAGGCGACGAGCUGAUCAAGCCCAUGCAGACCACCAACGGCGGCAGCGGCGGCGUGGUCGUGUGUCUGGGCGUUGGCGGCUUAGUCGAUCUCAGCGAGCUGCUUAGCUUGAACAGUAGCGACGAUCCGGAGAACGAAGACGUCGAGGAGGACCUGGGCGGUGUUGAGGUGUGGGUGUUUGAUGCGCGGCGGCCGUGGAAUCUGUCGAAUGUGUUUGGCGGCGAGGCUGGGGGCGAGGUUGUUGAUGCUACUGCGCGCCGGAAAACGCGCGGUGUUGAUCGCGGGUGUAUUUCGCCGUCUUAUCCUGGGGGUGCGGGGGGGAUUGUUGUCUUUGAUGAUGGGGAUAUUGAGGAUGAGAUGGGGAGGGAGAGGGAUGCUUAUUGUGCGUUGUUGGAGAUGCCGGAUGUGGAUGAGGAGGAUGUGGAUGUGGGUGCGGAUGAUUCGGGGAGUGAGGAUGGUGGUGGGGGUGGUGGGGGUGGUGGUGAUCUUUUGUCGAGCUCGGACUCGAAGAAGCGCAAGUCGUGGUCGAGGGAGGAUGAUGAGGAUGAGUCGGGGGAGGAGGAUGGGCCGCCUCGUCAGCGACGGCGGAGUAAUUCGAACUCCUCAUACCUCGUUUCGUCUCCCACCCGCCACCGAAGACCAGCCCACGAUUCUUCCAACUCUUCGCGCUCUGUUACUCCCGUGUCAGAUUCACCGUCCCCUGCGCAGCCAAGACAGCCGUCCGCUCUCUCGUUAAGGCGCCGCCUGAUCCGGAUGAAGAAGAAACACGAGGGUGUGCUUCAGAAAUACUACUCUGCGGGCACGUCAUACUCGGAACCAAUAUCCUCCCUCGUGUACUCUCUUGCGUCGGAGCUUGGCCGCGAGGAUAACGACUUACUGUGGCUGGCCAUUGUGGGAGUCUCGAGCUUAGAACUGAGCGGUCGUACCAUGUCCGGCGUCGGGAUAUCCAACUCGCUGGAACUGGGAGGAUCGGCCGGCUGGGGCGGCGAACGGGGAGAGCGAGUACGCCAAAUCAUGCGCGACGAAGUGCAUCGGUUGAAUCCACCAGACCCCUACGAGCGAGAUCGCGAUAUCAGAGGGGAGAUCAACGGCAUCAUCCCGACGACGGCUAAAUCUCCCACGGACAAGUCGAUCCGGCUGUCUCCCGAGCCUCGUUUCAUCCUUGUACGACAUUGGUCAUUAUACGACAGCAUGCUUCACAGUCCCUACCUGGCGUCGAGACUCCACGUGUGGUCCGAAAACGGCAGGAAACGCCUACACAAGCUUCUGGCCAAGAUGGGCAUCAGUCUGAGCCAGUCCCACCAGAACUACACCCACAUGGACAUGGAAUUGAAGCGAGUGCUGCGACAGCGCUUGCUCAAGUACGCUCCGAUGUAUGGCCUAGACGGACUCGUUCCCGCGGAGGCAUCCGGACAUGCCGCUUCCCGCGAGGGAUGGGGAUUUGUCCGCUGUUGGGGCUGGAAGGCAUGUCUAUCAGCCACUGACGUUGGUGUCAUCGUGGGUGCGAUUCUUGAGGUUGGACCGGAAGAGGCCCCGGGCUCAUGGGACACCAAGCGUGUGUCGCAACCUAAGCAAAGUGAUCUGGCCGGAACGGGGUCCGACCUGUCUAGCCUUCUCCCCCGGUUCUGGAGCGCCUACGAUGCGCUGUCCCUCACGUCCGAGUCCCCCACAUUACUCCUCGCCUCUCUGCCCCUCGCCCAGCAUCUUCACCGUGCCAUCCUCCGCACCGGCACGUCACUGCUCUCGAAGCACCAGAUUCGGCAUCUGCGCGCGUUCCGGAUCGCCGUGGUCAAAGAAGGCCCUGACGUCAAGCUAUUCACCAACCCUGGCGCCCUGACCAAGCUAGCGCUGUGGAUCGCCGAGGCGAUCAAAGUGCAAGAACGAGAGCGGGGCGACACCAAGGUCGGACGCAAGCGCAGCACCGGAACCCCUCUGGUGCUAGCCGGCCUCGACGAAGACCGGGACCUCUACGUGGUCGUCGGCACCGGCGGCGGCGGCGGCGUCGUGGACUUCGCAGCGCUAUCCAAACGUCGCGAGGAGCGACGGAAAAAGAAAGAAGCGAAAGACAAGAAGCGCAAGGACCGGGAGGACCGCCGGGCACAGCGGGCGGCUGAACGUGCCGAGCGAGAAGACGACGAUGGCUCCGAAGAGGAGGAGAGCGAAGACGAGUCGUCGGAAUCUGAGUCCGAGUCCGAGGACGAGGAGAGCGAUCAGAGCAAUAAGCAUCUCCUGCGCAACCGGUUUGGCAUUGCCUUCCAGGAGGUCGUGCAGGAGACUAACACAAGGGUCCGCAUCGAUAGCUUUGAACACUGCGUGGUUGAAGUGCAGAAGGAGGAUCUUGGGGGUUUCCUUGAAGCGUUGAGCUUCCGCAGUGUGGUGGGUUGAUAUGGACCUGUCAGUUCAUGUUCGUGUUUGUUGAUGUGACAUGCUCUGAACUUUCGUUCGGAUCUGCUUUCAUAUACCUUUCCUAUCAGCACCGCGCGGGAUGAGGCUUCAAGGAGUGCACGGCAAUAAUUCUUUACUUUUCUUUCUCUUCACUGGGGUUGUUGGGUUAUCAUUGGGUAUGGGUCAUGACGGAUUGGGGAUAAUGCUGUCAUUCUUUUGGGAUUUCCUUUCUCUUUCUUUUCCCCCUUCUUUUUCAAUCUCUUCUUUCUCUUAUGUGGUUGCACCAGCAUCUGUCCCAUUGUCGCUGCUCUUUCUCGUCCAUGAUGACCUUCUUGCAUAUUCUCUACACAUGUCACGGCGCUAUGGGGUUCUGCAUAUUUUCUUAUCCUGUCGUGUGUUUGUUGAUAUACGUCCAGAUUUCAGCCAAUUGAUGCCCAGAUAUAACUAGUUAUUUAGUAUGUCUGGAUUUCUC